GGCUGGUUUUGCGGCCUCGCUACUUGACGGCUCGGCGGGUGUCCGCCCCCGAGCGGGGUUGCCGGGUAACGGAGAGCGAGUGGACCAGACCAGGGAGCCCUGAAAGUCUUCAGGAAACGUGGUUGGCAGAGUGAAGCCAGGGACAAAAGUCCCAGCAGGCAGGGAUCCACGGCCACUGUCUGUGAUCCCUGUCCAUGAAAAUUCUCCAACUGCCUCCCCAGAGACAGUGGCGGAGAUCAACCCUGCUUGAAGAGCACAUUUUUGUGCCUCUCAUCUUCUGGGUAACUGCUUCGUAAAGAUCCUGUUUUCCUCACAGACCACAGCGCUUUGCAAGACUCACCGUCAAUGAUCAGUGUAUUACUAGCUAUUUCUUUAAAGGGCUCUUGCCUUUGAGGGAUGGCAGAAGCUGUGUUCCAUGCCCCAAAGAGGAAAAGAAGAGUAUAUGAGAGCUAUGAGUCUCCCCUGCCAAUCCCACUUGGUCAGGACCUAGGUGCUCAGAAGGAAUUCAGAACUUUCCGUGCCGAGAUGAUUGACAACCAUGUGAUUGUGAGGAGCCCGGCGGACAUGGAGCAGCUGUAUGGGAAAGGUUAUUUUGGAAAAGGCACUCUCUCAAGAAGCCGUCCAAACUUCUCAGUGUCAGACCCUAAGCUGGCUGCUAAAUGGAAAGAUGUGGAGACCAACAUGCCCAUUGUCACAUCAGAGAGGUAUCAGCGUCGUCUGGCAUGGGCCGCAGAUCUGCUGCGCAGACAAGGCCAGGACGAGAGCACCAUCCGCAGAGUCCUCGAGGAGUACACGAGGCCUCUCAAGCAUCCCAAUGGGGAGAGUGAUGCAGAGGGGCAACUUGGGGCUGGGCUCGUGGCGGGGACAGGGGCACCUCCUAGGAUGGAUGGAGCCUCUGGGACCACGGAGGAGAUGGGAGAACCCAGCCUGGGCUCUGGCCCUAACCCACUGGCUGCAGCCAGCUUUGGGGAGUUCACAGGAGAGGACUCCACACCUGCUCCCCAGGCCCCCAGCUGUGCACCAGAUGGACUCAGCCCACAGUGUGGCCUUCAGCCUGUGGCCAGCAGCCCACUAGCCAGCGUCCUUUGUACCAGAGAGAAGGAGCCCGGCCCUGAGUUCAUGCUGGUGGAGGAGGCGAGCAGCAGGAGCGAGGAGGAGGACCCCCCAGAGGAGUUGGUGCAAAGAAAGAAAUUAAUAUGCAGAAGAAACCCCUACAGGAUCUUCGAGUAUCUGCAGCUCAGCCUGGAAGAGGCCUUCUUCCUGGUCUAUGCACUGGGGUGUCUGAGUGUCUACUACAAGGAGGAACCUCUGACGAUCGUAAAGCUUUGGCAAGCGUUCACAGCAAUUCAGCCCACAUUCAGGACAACCUAUGGGGCCUACCACUACUUCCGGAGCAAGGGCUGGGUGCCCAAGGCGGGGCUCAAGUAUGGGACAGAUCUGCUGCUGUAUCGGAAAGGCCCUCCAUUUUACCACGCAAGCUAUUCUGUCAUCGUGGAGCUCGUGAAUGAAUGCUUCACAGGCCCGCUCCGUAGACCUUUCACUUGGAGGUCACUGGCGACCCUCAGCAGAGUUUCGGGCAAUGUCUCCAAGGAACUUAUGCUGUGCUACUUGAUUAAACCCUCUACCAUGACAGAUGAAGACAUGGAGUCCCCAGAAUGUCUGAGGAGAAUUAAGGUUCAGGAGGUGAUUGUCAGCCGGUGGGUGUCUUCCCGAGAGAGAAGCAACCAAGAUGAGCUAUAGUGAUCUGGCCUGAGGCCCGUCAUUCCACCAACAACCAGGUUUAGGAUACAAUGAAAAGUCCUUCUGGGUCACCCAUUCAUCAUGGAAAAGGGCUGGAUGCUUUCAGAGUCAGAAAACAAGUUGUGUUAUAAAAAACAAAGUUACAGCCCUUGAGAGUGGCUCACAAAGUGUGUGUCUACCGUGCACAAGGCCCUGGGCACCAUCCACACAGAGGCCUGUGCUGCGACUACAGAUACUUCACAAACUAAGCCCAAGCUUGCUGACUCCGCCCUCACCCAGGCACUGGAAGUGACACCCAGCUGUUCAGCGGACUCCCUCGUAACACGGAGGCUGCUCUCGGAGUUUGCGUAGGACAGCACUUGCAGUUCAUAAAGCACCUUUGUACAAAGGUAUCUCUUGCUGCUCAUAUCUAGUCUGUUCCAGAGGGCAUCAGCAGAUUUAGGGAUCACCUAACCUCACAUUCCCAUCACUUCAAGUGGAAAAGACACCAGCGUGUUCCAGCUCUUCCAAGGACUUCUAGCUUUUCCAAGGACUUCAACCAAUGAGGUAUCCAGAGAGUUAUAUUACCUCCAAGGUCUCUUCAUUCUGUGACUGUUUUGUAGUGAGAUCAGAUAUCCUUGGCGUAUUAAUAGCAAGUGUGGUGUGUGGUCCCUGUAGCCAGGGUGCCAGAGUGCUCCUGUUUGAUGUGCUGGGCACAGGUAUAGCCUGGAGGCCUGUGACACUGAGCUCCAGUCACCUCAUCUGUAAACUCCACACAGUCACAGCGUGGGUGCUAGAGACAUUGCAUGAGGAAACCAGUAAAUGGGUGUAUCCUGAACAUGGAAGCAUCUUUGGGACACAGUGUGUCUGAAGAAAUAAAAGCUGCCAGUAAUUUUCAUUAUUCUACAUUUCCUCACACAUGUGACUGGGGAUUCAGGGCUUUUAAUAAUUUCAUCAGCACUGCCUCUACCCAAGGAGAGAAGAAAUAAAAGUUACCAAAAUAGUGGCAUAUAUUUCUAGUCUGUAGAAAGAACUCAUGGUAUGUUAGGUCUCUUUUCUGAUACUCCCUAGACACUAGUACAUCUUACUGUGUCUUAGUAUAGUGGCGUCAGGAUAACCCCUCAUCUGAGCACUGUUGUCAGUUGCAGAGACAUAGUGUAAGAAAAUGGUUUUUUUCCUCUUCAGGCUCUGAACUUCAUAAUUAUUUAUUUAGCAGUUCUGGGGCCUGAACCUAAGCCCUGCUACACCCUCAGCCCUUUUUCUUUCUUAUUUUGAGGCAAAGUCUCACCAGGUUUCCCCAGCUGGGCUUGAAUUUGUGAUCCUCCCACCUCAGCCACUGUUCCUAAUGUCUUCAUUUUAGAAUUUCUGGAAGAAGCUGAGGUUGGAAAAGUUAACCUUCAGGGGUGGAGACUGGGCAGGAACCCUAACCCCAAAAUACACCUUUAUCUUCAUUCCUCUACCCCAAUCCCAAGUAGUAUACUAGUUAAACUAGUCAAGGUGACUUCAUUUAAGGUUUUUGUUAAAAGUUUUAUUUAAAGAUCCCAACUUUCCAGUUUUCAUCAGUCGUCCAGCGAAGAAACGUUUCUCUAGACUUACGAGACCUAAUCAUAAAAGUUGUACUACAAAUUUCAUGAUUUUUUUGUGUAAAAUGCACACAUUCAUUGAUUCAAGCCUUAUAAAUGUGAAGCACAUUGUAAAAUAUUUCUAGUUACAUAUCCAAAAAAUUACACAUAUGGAAAUGCAGGAUGAGAAGAGGAGUUACUGUUUGGCUCUUCAGGCCAUGUAGUUCCCUAACGUAGGUCAUGAAAGAAAAGCAACAGUCUUAAAGAUUCAUAGGCAGGUGGUAACUAUUUAAAAAUUCAGUCAUAGUAAAUACUUGGUCAGGGUACUGGAGAAUGUGGAUUACCUACAUGGAAGGGUCUACGGUACCAUCAGUAAUGUUAAACCUUUUUAAAAAUAAAUAUUAUAGCUCGGUGGAUUAAAGUGCCUGCUUAGGCAG